AUGGACGAGGCUCUGGGUGAAGAUUUUGAUGAAACCGUCAGCCAGCAAGUGAUCACAUCAGAAGCUGACAAUGAUAGUGCACCUCAUCCGAGUAAGAAGCUACGCCAGAUUAAACCUCCAAAACUGGAUCUGGUUAAGCGGGGGAGACAAAAAGGCAAGCAGACGACACAAAACUCACUCGCUGGAUAUCAUGAGAUCCAAACUUCAAAGAGAAAGACAGCUUCUAGAAAAGGAGCUCGGAGGCCUGGACAGAGAAAAGCCCUUCUAGAGCGGGAAAAGGGCCCUUGCCAAUCGGGAAAGAGCCGCUCUUCAGCGGGACAGAGCCCAGUGAACUCACGCCGGACUGUCUGUCUGUCUGCACCGCUGUUCUGUUUCAGGGUCUCACACAAGGACACUGAGGCACUGAUCAGGUGGCGCAUGGGCCAUGGCUAUUUAUUCUCAGGCUGGAGGAACACAUGCAGAAAUGGCUGGGAGUAUUGUGUUUUCCUUUUUUUAGGCUGUUUCAUACAAGAAACAAAAUCCAACCUGGAUGGAAAUAUUACUUCUCAAAGAGCAAAACGAAAGUGGGAGAAUUUAAAAUGCAAAUACAAGGUUUUAAAAGCUCUUGCAAAGGACGUUGAAACGGUUAAACCAGAAUCCUGGCGGUGGUUCAGACUCAUGGAGAAGGCUGUAGAUGGCGAUCCCACUGAUGCUGACCCUCCUAAACCGACCUUAUUGACCAACCUGGCCGAUGAGUCUGAAUGUGCAGCCCAGCCCAGCAAAAAGAUGUAUCAAGUAGAAAUGGGGAGUGAUAUUCUAGAAUUACUGACACAUUCUGUAAUCGAAGUCAAUACUCAAGCGACGGUAGCUGAUGAAGGACCCUCAUCAGAUACAGCAGAAAGCGUGAAAGGGAGAUCCAUUAAAAAAAGCCCUCCAGAGACUCAAGACGAGCUACACUUCGAAAGAGCUAAACUCAGACGAGAGCGACAGCUGCUGGAGAAGGAGCACGCAGACCUGGACCGAGAGCGAGUGCUGCUGGAGCGCGAGAAGGCCCAUCGCAGAGGGAGGGAGAAAACGGCGUUGGAGAGAGACAGAGCGCAGUUGGUAAAGGACCGAGCUGCGAUUGACCGGGAAAGAGCCUCGCUGGAACAGGACAGAGCGAGACUGGAGGGGGACAGAGCAGCCCUUGAAAGAGACAGAGAGACUUUUACCGCCAUGGCUCUUGAUACAAACAGCACAGGACACACUGAACCAGACUCCCCAUUUGCCGAGGACAGAAAAAGAUUAAUAUUUUUGUUUGAAAAACUGAUUGAGAGAUUUUGAAAUCACUAAAAACUGUCAUUGUUGCUUUUUCUGAGGGCAUUU